GGAUGGAGGGGACGCGGCCGGGCGGGUGCUGGAAGAGGAAGCGGGGACGCGCUCCCGGGCGGCGGCGGUGGGGUCACGAACUCUGACCUGUCACAGGGCGCGGCACACACACAAAACACCCCCGGCCCCAACACAGCCCCGGCCCCCUCCCCUCCGCGGGCCCCACAGCCCCUUGCCGCCCCCGCGGGGGGAGGGAGGGCCGCUGCCGGGCACCGGCCUGCCCGGGCCCAAUCGGGUCACCGCCACUGCACCUUUGGCGCCCACUCCUGAGGUGCCGACUGUUCAGACUUCGCUAUCUGAAUCUCCAGUGAUGACCAGCCCUUCCCAGCGUAUCCAGAUAAUUUCCACAGACUCCUCUGUAGCUUCACCACAACGCAUUCAGAUUGUGACAGAUCAGCAAACAGGCCAGAAAAUUCAAAUAGUGACGGCAGUGGAUUCAGCUGUGUCUCCAAAGCAACAGUUCAUUUUAGCUAGUCCAGAUGGAACUGGUGCAGGAAAGGUGAUCUUGGCAGCACCUGAGACAUCUAAUGCUAAACAGCUUAUCUUUACCACCACAGACAACAUUGUGCCAGGCAGAAUUCAGAUAGUGACAGAUUCUGCUUCAGUGGAACGUCUGCUGGGAAAAACUGACGUUCAGCGACCCCAGGUAGUAGAAUAUUGUGUAGUCUGUGGUGAUAAAGCAUCAGGUCGUCACUAUGGUGCUGUCAGUUGUGAGGGAUGCAAAGGUUUCUUUAAAAGGAGCGUAAGGAAGAAUUUGACCUACAGUUGUCGUAGCAACCAGGACUGUAUCAUCAAUAAACACCAUCGAAAUCGAUGCCAGUUUUGUAGGCUUAAGAAAUGUCUAGAGAUGGGCAUGAAAAUGGAAUCGGUUCAAAGUGAAAGAAAGCCUUUUGAUGUGCAGCGUGAAAAACCAACCAACUGUGCAGCCUCUACUGAAAAAAUCUAUAUAAGAAAAGAUCUUCGAAGCCCUCUAAUAGCAACUCCAACAUUUGUGGCAGAUAAAGAUGGGACGCGGUCAGCCGGUCUUCUUGAUCCAGGAAUGCUUGUGAAUAUUCAGCAGCCUUUGAUCAGGGAUGAUGGUACAGUUCUCCUUGCUGACGCCAAGGCUGAAACAAGCCAGGGUGCCUUAGGAACACUAGCAAAUGUUGUAACAUCUCUUGCUAAUCUCACUGAGUCACUAAAUAAUGGAGAUACUUCAGAAGUUCAACAAGAAGACCAAUCUGCAAGUGAGAUUACACGGGCAUUUGAUACAUUGGCCAAAGCACUUAAUACCACAGAUGGUACAAUAGCUCAUAACUUGACAGAUGGGAUGGAUCCUACAGGAGCAGGGAAUAUUCAUGUAAUCAGUAGAGAUCAGUCAACACCGAUUAUUGAAGUGGAAGGACCCCUACUUACAGACACACAUGUGACAUUUAAGCUGACAAUGCCCAGUCCGAUGCCAGAGUACCUUAACGUACACUACAUCUGUGAGUCAGCAUCACGACUCCUUUUCCUCUCCAUGCACUGGGCUAGGUCCAUACCUGCAUUUCAAGCGCUUGGGCAAGACUGUAAUACGAGCCUUGUGCGUGCCUGCUGGAAUGAGCUGUUUACCUUAGGCCUGGCACAGUGUGCACAGGUGAUGAGUCUGUCUACUAUCCUGGGAGCUAUUGUCAACCAUCUCCAGAACAGCAUACAAGAAGAUAAACUUUCUGGAGACAGAAUAAAGCAAGUCAUGGAACACAUCUGGAAACUUCAGGAGUUCUGUAACAGCAUGGCCAAGCUUGAUAUUGAUGGAUAUGAAUAUGCGUACCUUAAAGCUAUAGUCCUUUUUAGCCCUGAUCACCCUGGUCUGACAAGUUCAACCCAAAUAGAAAAAUUCCAGGAGAAGGCACAGAUGGAAUUGCAGGACUAUGUACAAAAAACCUAUCCAGAAGAUACUUAUAGGCUAGCCCGGAUCCUAGUUCGCCUGCCAGCACUGAGGCUGAUGAGCUCUAGCAUUACCGAGGAACUGUUUUUCACUGGUCUCAUUGGAAAUGUUCCCAUUGACAGCAUCAUCCCCUACAUUCUCAAAAUGGAAACAGCAGAAUAUAAUGGUCAGAUAACUGGCACGCCUGCGUAGUGGGAACAAAGCAGUUCGAGGGACUGAAGUAAUUUUCACAAAAGACGAUAUAAUUAUGAAGUUAAAAGAAUAGUGUUUCGGUAUGUGCAGAAAAUUCCAACUUCUUAKCAGUUUCCUGACAGAUUUCUCCUUGUCUUUUUCUGAUGUCGACAAAAUUUAAAGCAGCUAUUAAAAGACCUGCUAUAGGACCUUUUCUGCCAUAAGGAAUAUUUUUGAUGCCUUUCAUUUAAAAGGCUUUAGAUUACUGAACAUACUUUUCACAUGCUUUGUAUUUAGAAAUUAUCAGUGGUUAAAAAGAGUUUUAUAAUAUCAGAUCAGUAAUAAAAUUGCUUUAAAAGUAAAAAGAACAGUAUGUAUAUAUUUAAAAAUAUCCUUGGAAUUAAUGUCUAGCAAAUGCCAGGGUAUACUACUAGCACUUUGUAAUCACUUCUUGUCAAAGCAGCAGCAUCAUCAACAUCCUGAUUAUGAGUAUGGAAAAUGAAAAAAAUGCGUAUGUCCUUAGUCAGAAUACUAGUGUUUUUUGUGAAAAUGCAAAAUGCUAAAGGAGACAAUCAUUCAAUCUACAAAAAGUCACUUGCUGUUACAUUAUGCAUGAAAUACUUAGGUGGAUUCUUAAAUCCGAUAUCCACCUUAUAUGAAAUUAUAUCUGUUAAAUAAAUGCAGUUCUAAAACACAGUACAGUGCAGUCAUAGUGACUAUUAUGUGCUACASGAAUUCCCCACACUGAAGAAAAAAGUUGUCACAAUAAUGUUUAGAUAUUCAGGUUCCUCAAAGUAUCUAUUCAGACAAACUCAAUCAUGAUAAAUGUUAUGCUAAGGAGAAGCCUUUUAACUGUGGAGAAAAUCAGUCUUUAACUGGAAGAGCAGCUGUGUGCUGCUCUUUGAGUAUGCUCUUUGUAUGCUCCAAAUUUACUCCUCCUCUCUAUACUCUGAACACCCUCWUAAUCCAGCCACAGGUACAAUUUAAGACCUGAAAUGUGUGUAACCUCUGGCUGUCACGAAGAGUUUAUUACAAAUCUGUUUCUCCCUCCCUCACUGAGCACUYCCACUUUCGCAAUUUUCUCAACUUUCCUGUGACUCAGUUUGAAACCAAAAUAUAAUUAGGAUUUACUCUCAGUCAUGUACAAUUGCAGUUGAUGACAGGUACAGCAUGGAGAUAUAAAAUGAACUGUUUUUUAAUUGUCUUGAAUGAUGUACCAUCAACACAUUUGCUAGUAUUGGCCAUAUUAGCUGCUAGCAUAGGUUUCAUUUCAGUACAAUCUAUUAUUAUGGCUGUUAAGUAUUUUAAAAUCAAAGGGUUUUUUUUUUAAAAUGUCAUAGUAAUUAAUAGCUUCAUCUGAUCCUGGCUCAUCAGAUGCAUUAAUUGUUUUAAUUAUUUGUGUGUUAAAGGCAUUCUUACUUUUGUAGUUUCACGUGACAAAAAUCUAAUCAUAACUUCAGCACUUUUUUUCUUCUGUUAUUGAUAUUUAUUAAGAAACAUCAACUAGGUUGGUGUUUGUGACUUUUCAGAGUCUGAAGUGUAGCCAAAGGACCUUAAGCAUCUCUAGAUGAGGCUUCUGAAGUAACCAAAAGUCCUGACCUUGUAUACUUCAUGCUCAUUAGGAGGCUGACGUUUGUCACACUUACUGUGACACAAAAGACUAUGUAAUUUUAGCUCCUGGAUGCAUUAAACUCUUCUACAGUUAUUAUUUGUAGCACAUUCAGACUUCUUUUCUCCGAAGAAUAUUGCAAAGAGUCCAGUAUACAUGCAGAGAUGUGUAAUAUUGCACUUUUAUCUCUCUCAGCUUUUGCUAUAGCAAAUGAAAUUGUCAUAUUGUUCAUGUGAUGGAAAGUCUGCUCUCUGCGUGUGAAGUCAGCUGGACUACAGAAUUUAGUACCAGCCAUUUGAUUGUAAUGUAACUGCUGUGGGAUUGUGUCAGCACUUCUGCUGCAUAGUCCCUGGCUCAAGGGUAUACAACUUAAAAAUUAACGGUGACGUUAACAUCAGAAGCAGUAGCUAGCUUGGAAAGAGWUGUGGCUACUUUCAUUGAAAUUCAAAAUUUUAUCGUGUUACGUCAUUGUUCUACAGGUAUUCAAUGCAUUGAGUUAUUAUGAUUUUUUUGUCAAUUGCAAAAAUUAUUAUGGAGCUUUAUUUGCUUUCAGUAUUUCAUAAUAAUCAUUUAAGCAGAUAAGUAAGUGUUUUAAUGGCAAAUUAAAUAUUCCUUAGCACAAAAGCUAGMCACUGAAAUAUUUAGUUUUGAAUCUCAAUACAUACAAACUAGCUUUUCCUUGACAAACAUCAUUUCAACUUCCCAUUUUUCAAGUAAAAGGGCCUAAUUUUCUGCUUUUAUUUGCAAUUUUUAUUACUUAGGAUUAUAGCAGUUCAUGAAAGAAGCUGAAGGCAUUAUAGUUUUUUGGGAAGAAAGGGAUCACAUGAAAUAAAAUGUAAAAUUGACAUUUGUAAAUCGAAAUGGUAAAUAUCAUGCAGGUCUGUUGACAAAAAAACUACACUCCUCACAAAUGCAAGGCCACAUAAUGGUAUCCUUGAUCAAGCCCUGGUAAGUCACUCUGCAAAUAGUUUUUAGAUAGCUUAUUAGGGWUAAAAUAUUAAUCUGUGUAAAUGAAAUAAUAACCAUGUAAUCCAUAGGCAGGUUUUAUUUAUUGUGCAUGCAUUUAAUAGAUGAGAUUAAGUAGUUCCAUCCUUAAGAUUUGGAUAUUACCACCGAAAAGCUAUAAAGUUCCUCUUUGUAUAGCAUUACUAGCAUGAUUUGCUGGCUUGCAGAGGUCAGAACCAAGCUACUCAGUCCUGAUGCCAUUAACAAAAAGUACCCUUGCUAAUUGUACACUGUUUUGAUUCCACGACUAACACUUUGGAUUGUUGAAAUUUGAACAUAUAUGAGUGGCUGGGCUGUUCCCUUCCCAGAGGCAGGAUUUUGUGCUUCCCUUCUUUGGACUUCAUGAGGUUCCUGUUGGCCCUUUUCUCCAGCCUCAGUGGCAGUAGGACCUUGUGGUGCACACAGCACAGCUGCAGAAUUCAGCAAGUUUGGCACUGUCUCUGCAGAAAAUACCACAACACUGAUGUAGUUCUUAGAAUUUCUCAGGUUUGUUCCAUUCCUCCUCCAGUGACUGGAACACAGUAACAGGCGAAUCUUAGUAGCUUUACUGUUAAAUCAGUUUUAAUUUUUUUCUCCUUUGAAAGUGCAGACAUUUCCUUAUGAAUAUGGGACAGGAGUUUUUUAUGGUAACAGUUAUUGAAAAACUAUUUCUUGAGUAUUAAAUAUAUAGAAACAGCUUGUUUCCAUGAAGGUGAAAUUUAAAUGCCAAUCUUGUGUUAACAGAACUUGGAGCCAAAGGAUCACAGUCACAAACUGAUUCUCAGAGAAGUUCAUCUCACUGAAGCUCUAGUUAGUGCCCAAAAUUAWUUUUCUUCAGAAUUUUUGCGGUCCUUUUUCUGCAGCUCUUGRAAUGAAUAUAUUUUAAUUUGGCAGAAAUACAGUAAUAAMCUAUCUGAUUAGAUUUAUCUGAACCUGAGCAAAUAUGCAUACACGUCAUAAUUCAGUCAGACAAAUGUUAGAAUUCUGUGCUGACUGAAACUGGGGCUUGCAGGGAACAAUAAUGAGGCAAUAAUGUCCAUUGUCCAUAUGCCUCAUUUGUUUUUGAGCUCUUGUGUGAAGGAACUGGAUUUUGUAGAUAAAAUGCAUUUGGGAUUAGCUUUGUCAUUAUGAUUUUAAUUGCAUUUGUGACAAAUGAAGGAAGGUGUACUAUUUUUCUUCCCUUACUAUUUUUCUUCACUUWCAUAUUGGGCUAAAGAGACAGAACUAAGACCAUGUGCAAAAGUAAUUUUUUUCUGCCUGUUUACAUUGCUUAUAAAUUAGCUAACAAUGCUUUUGAUGUCUGUGGAGUUACUCUGGCACAAAACUGGUAGAAAAGGAAAAAAAUAAUCUCCAAGGAGAGAUCAUACAAAAUCAUACAAGCCUUUAUUUUAGCUGCCUUAAAAUGUUAUAUUACUGAGAAGGCUUAGUUUUCAGAGCACUCUGCAGCAAGAAACUAUUGUUGGUCUCCACUGAUUACUUGGUGUCAUUUACCAAGUCUCCUUUAGCAUCUUCUGAAGCCCUUGGCUGCCCAGGCAGCUGCAAGGCCUCUGSUGGAGAGGUUUGGCUCCAGGUCUGGUGCAGAAUCCACCUGGCUCUGCACUGCCAGGACAUUCUCUUUGGCAAAGGGCACAUCACGAGGCUGCGAGAGCGACACCAAGUCAGGGCUGAAGCUUCCUGAAAAUGAAGUUUCCUGACUCUUGUUUCUCCUUUGGCAAAGAAACACUUCAGUGGGUUUUUUUGGAUGUUGUAUAGUACACAGGACACACAGAUCCCUGAAUGAAUUCAUUCAGGAUACUGCAGGUGCCAGUAGAUUUUUCUGCCCAUUAUAGGUGAGACAGUAGUUAGGAUUCUUCCCUGAUUACCUGCUGUUUAAUUAGUAAAAGGCAAUUUUAAAAAAAUGGCACCAAGUAGCAUGACUAGCAAAGGGUAUUAGGAAUAAGUUUGACUAGGAAAAUGGAACUGGAAAUGAAUGGGCUGAAAAUACUGUCCAAAUAGUAACAAAGCAGCUUUCUGCACUAACAGCACCAGUAAGGGCCCUGUUUGAAUCGGGUGGAGUGAGCAGUAGAAUUGGCAGGUCAGUCAGACACACAGGUGUCUGCACAUACCUACUGCAUGGAUACGAAUCUGAAAAGAAAAAAAUGUUGAUCUUUUUUUUGAUCUUUGAAAAAAAAAGAGAUCCCUCUCUUCCUUUCCAGUUACUCUUAACAAUGCAAAUCAAGGGGAGGUUGGCGUUUUUCUUCACCUACUCUAGUCCAUAAGAGGAAAAGCAGAAAUACCAGCAGACCGAGGUAGUUUCCUACCCAUCCUAGAGGUUUGCCACACUGACAAUACAGCAACAGAAGAGCUUUUGCAGUAGUUGGCACUGGUGAUAAGCAUGGGCCAGUUAUGACAGCAGCUGCAGUCCUAACACCUCGAAACAUCCAGGAGGGAUCUGCCAAAUGAGGCCAUSGUUGCCCUAGAAAGGAGAGCGAGGGUCAGAGAAAAGACAAAUUGCCAGCAUCUGCUGGAUCUUGUGACAGAAAAUUAGUUUAGAGAACAGCUUUAUAUGAAAAAUUACCAGGAGAUGACAAAGGAGAGACAAUGAAAGCAUUUGCUUUUUGCACCUUUUAAUUCUGAAGUUGCUGAGUCAUUUUAACAGUAAAUAUUCCUGAAUUAAGUUCAGGCUUAUUGUUUGAUGCCAUUAACCCUUCUUGUUAGAUAAUGCUACAAGCCUACUUUAGCUGCAGUCAGUGUUAUCAACAUAUGGGAAAUUAUUGGCAGAAAAAAUAAUGAGAACAUUAUUUAUAGUGGGGUUACAAGUAAAAGUAAAAUAAAGUAAAAUUCUUUGUAAAGUUUAGAUGCUCCAAGUCUGAAUAUACUAGACUUGGAAAACAUCAUAGCCCAGAAUUACCUUAUUACUGAGAUUUUUAUUGCACAGUCAUGCUAAGUUCAUCACAGGUAACGCUGUUGUAAUGUUCCUUAAUUCCCACAGCCUUUGAGUGGGAGUCUGUGAGUUACAUGAAUGCUUUGAAAUGGCUUAUUAUUGUUAAAUUCAUGCCUGUCUUCUUCCUUUUUAAAGGGUUUGAYAGAGUUGUACACAUCUAUUUUGUGCCUCCCACCAUUGGGCAUUUUUGCAUGUUCAGUUACAGAACUCACUUGAGCAGCUGAUGCCUAUGUACAUAGCUGUAUGUAUGUGUGUAUGAAUGUAUAUGUUUGUACCUCUCUGUCUAAAUAUAUUCUGUACAGUGUAUAGAAAAUGCAUAGUGUAUGUAUAUAUGUACAGAUAUGGAGCCAUUAUUCAUCCAUUCUACGUGCUAAAGUUUUUUAUUCGUUUGCUAAUCCACAGCUUCCUAAUUAGAGCUUUGCACCUUUUUUUCCAUACAAGUCUGAAUUCAAUACUUUAUGUUCAGAACUGCCGAAUAUAUUCCAUGAAUUUUCUGGCUUUUACAUUACUCUGUUUACCUUUUUCUCAUUUGACCUGUAGAAGUCUGCAAAUGCAUAGUUAAUUGAGGCUAUAAUGCCUGUUAAAAAUAAUGAAUAAAUACCUAUAGUCAUAGAAAAUACUUCCCUGCUCAUUAGAUGCUCAUUCUCUUCCAGCCUUCUGAGAUACUUUUUUGUAAAGUUGUAUUUUUUCGUGAAACUUGGUAAGAGAUUUUUUAAUAUUUUUUUCUAAGUCUUCAGCAGUGGUGAAUUGAAAGUAAACCAAGUUAACAUCACUGAACUGUAGCACACAGAACAGGAGUCAGUGGAUACUGUUUAAUAAAUCAGUAUUCAUAUUGCCACAGUGAUCCCAUAAAACCAACCUGCGAGUUAAAUACAGACUGUGUGCUCUGUUCARUGAAACAGCAACUCUGGGACAAUGGUAAUUAAAUAGUAGGGACAUUGCAGGUGGUUUAUUUCCUAGCAAGCAUCAAGACUUCUUUAGGAUUUUUACAAUGCAUUUAAAUUGUAUAUUCACUUUCCAAAGCCAUUCUUUUUAUUUUCCAGCCUAAACUGAACACAAGUGGUUGCUUGAUUUAGUUGUCAGACUAAUGUCCCCUUCCACAUCCUUUCCUGGGUCUGGAAUCUGCAGCUCCUGCAUUGCAUGUGGCAUUGCCACUGUCCACCUGAGCCCUGGGCACACAGUUGUGAAAAGAGAUGUGGAGUAGGACGAUUUCUUAUUCAUAAUGAGGACCCAAACAUUUCCAUUAUCAAAGUAUGAAUAGUUCUUGUUCUUUUUCCCCUUUGAUGAMGUUAAAAAGGAAGCCUUCUGUACAGUAAAUCUGUUAGCUGUCGGUUUUUUUAAUAAUUUCACAGUCUAUGCAGGGCAGUAGUUCAGCAAGUCUCAUUUCUGUCACUAAAAAGAUGAAACAGAACUUUCUGGGCAUUUAUUUCCAUCUUUUGUACUCAAUGUGGCAAAGACUUGUGUAUAUUUAAUCAGAUAAUCAGACACCAGUCAAAAGAAAGUGACUUGUGCAUGUUUAAAGUGAACCACAAGUCUGGGAAAACCUUGAAAGUUUGCCAUGGAAAAUGCUGAGAAUGUUCUCUUUUUUGGUGUAUUGGUUAGUGAGCAUUUGUAAUCUUUUUUUUCAAAUAUAGGAAUAAACCUGUAGUAUUUCAAAACCUUAUUUUUUGUGAUUUUCAGCAGGAAAAAUACUUAAAUUAAUGUCAGGAAAUCCGGUGACAGAUGGUCCUUCAUUGUUGUCUGGACAACUGGGGCUUUUGAAUGCUCGUUUUUCUCUUUAAAGGUGAACAGAAAUCUGAAAGUCUGUUAAAGUCGUUGUACUGCAGGAACAGUUUUAAAGUUUAGGAAGCCAAUUAGGGUAUUAAUCAAAAUUGAAUGUUUAAAAUUUCAGGUGUGAAUUCAGGGGUAAAAAAAGGCAACAUUUUAAACCUAYGUUUGAAUUGUUUGUAUUCUGAAGGACAAAACGUGCUCAAAUUUAGUGGCAAUAAAGGCUCUGUGAUAAUAAAACACAGGUCCAUUUUAAGAUAUUUUCACGAUCAUGGAUUAAAGCAGGACUGAAUAAAUUUCAAACAAAAAUUGUAAUCUUUAAGAAGAAAACAUUUUACUUGUAGACUGCAUAUGUUAGAUUUUUCAUAUAUGGAAUUAAUAUCAAAUGUUGGAAUAUUUUCAAUAAGUAAUCUGUACUCUGCAAUAYAGYGGAAGCCAGUGUUCAUAGUUUCMUAACUGAAAACUGCAYAUUGUUGUAUCUCUAUCUGUAUUGGCAUACUAGGGAGAGCUGAGCUCCUACAAAAAAGAGCAAAUUUUUAUAAAAGGAAGCAUCUAGUUUUAAUUCCUUGGGAUAUUUUCUGGAAGGGCCUGUUCAUUAUAAUUUAGAAAACUAUUAUUUAUGUUUAUUUUAAAAACUUUGCAGAAGUUGUUAAUUUCUCACAGCUUCUUUUGUGAAAUCAGUAUUGUUGUGAUAGCAUUUUAAAAUAAUAGCAUUUCUUUUUAUUAAACGAAAUUUUAUAUCCAAUUAAUGUCUUCUGUCACCAGGAGGAAUUUGCAUUGUUAUGUCUGUAUAUGGAGUAUUGCAGUGCAUGAUUUAGCUUAUGCAUUUUAUUAAAUGCUGUUGUGUCAUAUUGUUGUGGUUAAUACCAGUAGCUAAAUGAGGUUUCUACCAUUAAAGUGAUUUACAAAUAUAACUGCAUUCUU